UCGAGCAACCAUUGCCAUACGAUUACAAAUCUUCGUUCAAGUAUUCCAUGGCUCUGAUUGUUUCUCUACCAAUAGGGACCCCCCCACAGAGCCAGCAAAUGGUUUUGGACACCGGAAGCCAACUUUCUUGGAUUCAAUGCAACAAUAAGAGUCCAUCACCGAGAACGGCACCUCCUACGACGACGUUCGACCCUUCUCUUUCCUCUUCUUUCUCCGUUCUGCCUUGUACGCACCCCAUGUGUAAACCCAGAAUUCCCGAUUAUAGCGUUCCAACUUCCUGUGACCAAAAGCAAUUGUGCCACUACUCUUACUUCUAUGCCGACGGCACAUUGGCAGAGGGCAAUCUCGUCAGAGAAAAAUUCACGUUUUCUAGUUCCCAGAGUACCCCUCCCCUGGUUCUUGGAUGCGCAGCCGAUUCGAGCGAAGACAAGGGCAUUUUGGGAAUGAAUCAGGGGAGAUUAUCCUUUGCCUCCCAAACUAAGUUGCAAAAAUUCUCUUAUUGUGUGCCCGUCCGACAGGGUCAAGGUAACAUAAUGCCCGCGGGAGGAUUUUACCUAGGCCAAAAUCCGAACUCAAACACUUUUCAGUACAUCGAUCUUUUGACUUUUGCGAAUGGUCAACGCAUGCCCAAUUUUGACCCUCUAGCCUACACCAUCGGGCUAGUGGGCAUGAGAAUUGGCACCAAAAAAUUGAACAUAUCGGAAUCCGUGUUCCGGCCCGACGGUGGCGGUUCCGGCCAGACGAUGAUCGAUUCCGGCACCCAGUAUACAUUUUUGGUCGAGGAGGCAUACAAUAAAGUGAGGGAAGAAGUUGUACGGCUAGCAGGUCCAAAAUUGAAGAAGGGGUACGUUUACGGUGGUUCGCUGGACAUGUGUUUUGAUGGCAACCCUGUUGAAAUUGGGCAGCUGAUAGGGGAUAUGGUUCUAGAAUUUGAAAAGGGUGUCGAAAUAUUUGUUAAUAAAGAAAGAAUCAUGGAUGAUAUGGGUAACGGGGUGCAUUGUCUGGGCAUCGGACGGUCACAGUCCCUUGGAGUUGCAAGUAACAUUAUCGGCAACUUCCAUCAGCAGAAUCUGUGGGUGGAAUUUGAUUUGGCCAAUAGAAGAGUGGGAUUUGGAAAAGCCGAUUGUAGCAAGUCUGUGUAGUACCAAAUAGUGCUGCUCUGGCUUGGUAAAUAUUUUUUUUUUUCCUUUUGGGGGGUGAGGUGGCUAGCCGGAGAUAAACGAGAAAUGUAUAAUUCAUGAUAAUGCAUCCGCAGGACUUGGGUUGGGUCCUGUGCUGUUGUGCUGUAUAAAGUAUUACUACUGUAUUGUGCUAGUGAAGAUAUUUUUUUAUUUUAUGUC